CACCAGUCAGUGUGUUCGACCGCAGCCGGGCUGCGUGUGAGUGGCCUGCCCAGACGCUUCUCCAGCCGUGGACGGCUGCAACUUUCCAGGAUUAUGAGGCUGGACGCUUGUAAUUUAUUAAUUCACGACGGCUGUCACGAAACAUUGGUCCAUGUGGAUGUAGGCUCCGCCUAAGCGCCGACCAGUCCGCCGGGAUGAUGAUGCUGGAGCUCGCCUGAGAGCUUCUUCUCUGCUCCCUUUUUUCCUGGAUUUCCUUUUGUAUUUUUAUAUAUUUCUUUUUUUUUUACCAAGUUUUCCACCAUUUUCAAAGUCAUUUGUUUCCCUCUAAAGUUUUAAAGAUGGUUUUCCUCGCGCUGGCUCGAAACAAACCUGGAUAAAGACGUGCUACGUGACGACCCCCGCGCUCCGCGCCCGGCGCUGCUCGGCUCCGGUGAGCCGGCGCUUCGAGCCUCUUCGUCGGCCACAGAAACCCGACCGCCCCGCUGUGGCGGACGGAGCAGCCGAGGACCACUGAAACCACAUUUAUAGCUCCGCUUCAGUGCUACUACUGAAAGUACCACGCUAGUUCAGUGGCUUUAAUUACGUGGAGGCUGGUCUAUCCCUGGAUUUAUUCACCUCUGGGAUUUUUGAAUCAGCUAUUGAUGCAUCUUGGGGAGUCCAUGAGAGAGUGCGAGUACAGCCAGAUCAGCACUCGCAGCUCCACACCCAUGGAGACCCCUUACAAAAAGAAGAGCCCGAAGAGGAAGAAGUGGGAGACCUUCCCAGGUCGGAAUAAAUUUUACUGUGAUGGGAGGAUUAUGAUGGCCAAGCAGACGGGGGUUUUCUACCUCACACUCAUCCUCAUUCUUGUGACCUGUGGACUCUUCUUCGUCUUUGAUUGUCCAUACCUGGCGGAUCACCUGACCGCGGUCAUCCCAGUCAUAGGGGGUGUGCUGUUUCUGUUUGUACUGGGGACUCUUCUGAGGACGAGCUUCAGUGAUCCCGGGGUGCUGCCCAGAGCUUCCACGGAUGAGGCAGCGGAUCUGGAGAGGCAAAUAGAUGUUGCCAACGGCAGCACGGGCUAUAGACCUCCUCCCAGGACAAAGGAGGUGGUCAUCAACGGCCAGACAGUCAAGUUGAAAUAUUGCUUCACAUGCAAAAUCUUCAGACCACCACGUGCCUCCCACUGCAGCCUCUGUGACAACUGUGUGGAGCGUUUUGACCACCACUGUCCCUGGGUGGGGAACUGCGUAGGAAAGAGGAACUACCGUUUUUUCUACAUGUUCAUCCUCUCUCUCUCCUUCCUCACCAUCUUCAUCUUCGCCUUCGUCAUCACACACAUCAUUUUACGCUCACAUCAAGAAGGAUUCCUCAAGGCGCUUAAAGAAAGUCCUGCCAGUGUGCUGGAGGUGGUUGUGUGCUUCUUCUCCGUUUGGUCCAUAGUGGGCCUCUCAGGCUUCCACACCUACCUGAUCAGCUCCAACCAGACCACCAAUGAGGACAUAAAAGGUUCAUGGUCUUCUAAAAGAGGGAAGGACAACUAUAACCCAUACAGCCAUGGCAAUAUAUUCUCCAACUGCUGUGCAGCGCUGUGUGGACCCCUGCCCCCGAGUCUUCUUGACAGACGGGGCUUUGUCCAAUCAGACACGCCGCAGCUGGCACCACCAGCCAAUGGCAUCACUAUGUAUGGCGCUACGCAGUCUCAGCAAAGCCACAUGUGUGACCAAGACCAGUGCAUUCAGAGCACCAAAUUCGUUUUGCAGGUCGCCGCUACGCCUCUCCUCCAGCAGCAGAACAGCGAGCCGGUCAUCCUAACGGCCUCCCCCGAGAAUGGAGCGUCUCUACCUGGCCGGGCCUCCCUCAACCUCGGCAGCCCGUGCAGCCCGCUGCCGCUCAGCCAGCCCACCCCUCCAACAUCCACCCCCAGCCUCAGCUGCCACGAGGCCGCCGACAUGCUGCCAGUCCACAGACACGGCAGCCACACACACAACCACAACCACUCCCUCCAGGAGCAGGUGGCCCACCACCACUUUCUCACUCCGGAGGAAGUACCCUCGCCCCCGGGUAUGCUUCACUGCGGCAGCCCCCUGGGCCCCAGCCACCCCAUGCAGACCGGUUUUUACAACCAAGUCAGCCAAGACUCACUACAUGAGGACUCUGUACGGGGACUGGUGAAGCUCAGCUCCGUCUGACAAUGGGAUAUAUGCCCUCUCCCCCCAUAACCCCCCUUCUGAAGACAUAAAACUCCCCUGUGCCACUUCUGGAUCACCUGACUCCCCCCUUGAAUUACAGCCUGCGGUUUAACUCCAGCUCCAAGGAAAUGUGUGGAAAUUAACUGGACUGGAGGGAAGCCAUUGCGUUGCCAAACUUGUCUGCUGGAACUAGGGAGAGCGACUUCCUGGUAUAUGCAUGACAUCUCAGACAAACUUCUUUUUUUUUUUUUUUUUUUUUUUCUAACUUUGAGGGAAAAUUAAUACAGUUUCUCUUGGAAAUUGCAUAGGAAGAGUUCACAUUAAUUUCAAGCAAAAAAUAAAGAAAAUAACCUGUUUGACAGUUGAUGACAGUUCUGGUCCAAAGGCUGAGUUUCUGUGGGAAUUUUUUUUUUUUUGUUCUUUUUUUGUAAAACAGACUCGAGCCUGUUUCUGUUGCUGAUUGGAGUGUCUUCUGCCUUUUUUAUUUUUCUUGGAAAUCUCAGCAGUGCAAUGGUUAUUGUCUUCAUGUUGCAUAUCAUCAUGCUUUUUCUAUGUAAAAAGAAAAGAACUGUUCCAUGGUUAUUAAAAUUCAUAUUAUAUUUCCUGUGUAUAUUAAUAAAACACCACCUUUUUAUCAGACUCUAGUGCAUUCAUAUCCAAGCAGUAGUGUGUGUGAGUGCGAGUCAUGUGGGGAUAAGUUUAUCUUGUGACCAAUGCCGAUGGUCAUUGGACCUGAGUCAGAAUGAAAACAAGACUGAUGAAUAUUGGUGAACAUUCAUAGAUGUACAAACAAUGUUAAGGUUUUUCUUUGAGCAGGUUGGUGUCUCAUUCAUCCUGACAAGUCCUGGGUUGACCUUUAAUGAAGGGAGAUGUGCUAAAGAAGCUCAGUUUCCAGUCAUUUCUAUUGAAAGUAAUGUCAUGUGUUGGUGCCUGAAAGAUGAGAGGGUGUUUAUUGUCACGCGUCUUGUGACACCUAGUGGUGGAGUUGCAGUACUGCAGAUGUUGCAUCUCUGGCAAAAAAUAAACAACUUUAAAAGAAGCUGAACUCAAAGAAUAAAACGUUGCUACAAAACGAUAACAGUAACACAUUUAUUAGUUAUUAAAGAAUGUAUGAUACAGAGUUGUUUUCUUUUUUCUUUUACAAAAGAACAUGCUGUAAAGAGAAGCUAGAUUAUUGAUCUUAUUUGGGGCUGUAUUGGUAACUGAUGUCUGAAAGCAUUGUUGGUUAUAGAUCAAGACCGCAUCGUAAUGUCAUGAUUUCAUAUACCCUGGACUACAGUGUGCUCGACUUUCCACGAUGAGUUCUUCGAUCAAGUGAACGAGACAUUCAAAUAUUUAAAAAAUAUUUGAAUAUAGAAUGAUUUAUUUAGAAAAAAAAGUAACAUUGAGUAUGUAAAAAGUUUGAAAAUGAUUUGGGUUUGUUUUUUUUUUUGUUUUGUUUUU